AUGGAUGCUCUUGCUGACAACCCCCUUGGAUGGCUCUCCGUGGGCAUCACUGCGCUUUUUGGGGUGACUGUGCUCUGCACAGCCAAGAGGAGCCCAGUGGGUAAAGAAAAUAUACUGGUCUGGAGCCUCCUGCCUGCCUUGCUGGGGCUGCUGUGCGUGGCCAUGCUGGGCACUGGUGAGGGGCUGGUGGUGUUCUGUGCCUCGUGCCUCGUCUCCUCCAUGUACCUGAGUAGCACGGUGCUGCUGCCUGUGGGUGACAAAGCUGUGCUUAUUACAGGAAGCGACACUGGGAUUGGACAUGCACUGGCAAAAUACCUGGAUAGCUUAGGCUUUGUAGUGUUUGCUGGGGUUUUGAAUAAGGAUGGACCUGGAGCUAAGGAACUGAGACGGACCUGUUCUCGGAGACUUUCUCUCCUGCAGCUGGAUGUAACCAAUACCAAACAAGUCAAGGAAGCCUUUCUAAAAGUCUCGGAGAAGGUGCAAAAUACAGGACUCUGGGGAGUUGUGAACAAUGCAGGUGUCCUGGGCUUCCCUGGCGACGGGGAGCUGCUCCCCAUGAGUACGUACAGGAUGUGCAUGGAGGUGAAUUUCUUUGGGGCUGUAGAAGUGUCCAAGACCUUCUUACCGUUACUCCGGAAAUCCCAGGGGAGGCUGGUUAACAUGUCCAGCAUGGCAGGUGAGCUGAACUAA